GCAAAAGAGAAAGCCCGCAGAAAGGAGGAGGGGGAGCAAAAAAAAAAAGGGGAGGCGACACCUUUGUUUCUCAGCUUUGGUUUGUAAACAAGAGGAAGUCUAGACUUCCAGCUGGAGCUUCUUCUGGGGGGCCCCGCAGGUCUCUCGCCGGGGCGCCUGUCCUACCUAGAAGCUGGACCAGCACCUUCGGUCUGUACCUAGCCUGGGUUACAGGAAAACGCAGAGGACACAGCAGAGGAAUAAACGCUCCUGCGUUUCUCGUCUAUCAGGAUUUUGAGGGAACUCCUCACACCAUCACCUCGAGGAACUGUCUUGUUCUUUACAACUCUCCUGCAGCUUCUCCUCUUGUGUGACCCCACCACAAUGGUGAGGCUGUCCAAACCCAAAACCUUCCAAGCUUAUCUGGACAACUGUCACCGACGCUACAGCUGUGUGCAUUGCCGGGCACACCUGGCCAAUCACGACGAUCUCAUCUCCAAGUCUUUUCAAGGAAGCCAAGGUCGGGCAUAUUUAUUCAACUCUGUAGUGAAUGUUGGAUGUGGCCCAGCUGAAGAGCGUGUGCUGCUGACCGGCCUGCAUGCUGUGGCUGAUAUAUACUGUGAGAACUGCAAGACCACACUUGGAUGGAAAUAUGAACAAGCCUUCGAGACCAGUCAGAAGUACAAGGAGGGGAAAUACAUAAUUGAACUCAACCACAUGAUCAAGGAUAAUGGCUGGGAUUGAAAUACGCAGUCACCAAAAUAAUCCCCCUAUCAUUGGUCAACUGUGUGCAAGGGUGGAGCAUAAGAAAUGAAGUGACAAUUUCCCCAGAACCUGCCUCUGACUUCCCAACCAGUGGGCUGGCAUCCAGAUCAUCUCCGGAGGCUGCGUCUGAGUUGGGAAGGAGAAGGCAGAGCUUCUGCCAAGAGACCAUACCCAUGGUUCUGAUGUGUCACCACCGCCAUGUGGCAUAAGGAGGCAGUGCCUAAGGAGGCACCGAGGCCAGGGGCAGGGUGCAAGCAGGGUUGAGGGAUGGGGGAGAGUAUUGGGUUUGUUGUACAGAGGGAGCCUGUAUUAAAAAGAUAAAGGGGGCAAAUGUACAGUGGAAUGGGAAG